GCUGGGUGCCCACACACUUCCUGGAGCCCUCACAGCAGCCCUGCGAGGGCACGCCGGCCCCUCCCAUGUUACAGGUGAGGAAGCAGAGACCCGGGGCCGUGCGGGGAGCAUGCACAGUUCCUCAGGGGGCAUACGGGAGGUGACCUUCUCUGCACAACCGCCCCCAGCCCAUGGCCCCCCCAGUCCCUGCCUCAUCCUAUUUCAGGCUCACGGCCUUUGUCCUGAAGUCCUUUGCCCAGGCGCGCAGCUUCAUCUUCAUCGACCCCCAGGAGCUGGCGGCUGCCAAGGGCUGGAUCGUCCGGCAGCAGCGGGUGGACGGCUCCUUCCCGGCCGUGGGCAGGAUCCUGAACAAGGACAUCCAGGGUGGGAUCCACGGCACAGUCCCGCUGACGGCCUACGUGGUGGCCGCGCUCCUGGAGACGGGCACGGCCUCGGAGGAGGAGAGGAGCGCCAUUGCCAGAGCGCGGCAUUUCCUGGAGUCCAGUGCGCCCUUGGCCGUGGACCCCUACAGCAGCGCCCUGACCACCUACGCGCUGACCCUGCUCCGCAGCCUGGCAGCCCCUGCAGCGCUGCGGAAGCUCCGCAGCCUGGCCAUCACGCAGGAUGGGGUCACCCACUGGAGCCUGACGGGUUCCCGGGACGUGGACAAGGAUGCAUUCCUGAGCUUCAGCGAUGGGGUCUCUCGGUCAGUGGUCUCGGCCGAGGUGGAAAUGACAGCCUAUGCCCUGCUGACCUACACCCUCCUGGGUGACGUGGCCACCGCCCUGCCCGUGGUGAAAUGGCUGUCCCAGCAGCGGAACGCGCUUGGGGGCUUCUCCUCCACUCAGGACACCUGCGUGGCUCUGCAGGCCUUGGCAGAGUAUGCCACCUUGUCCUAUGCUGGCGGCAUCAACCUCACCGUCUCCCUGGCCUCCACCAACUUGGACUACCAGGAGACCUUCGAACUGCACAGGGCCAACCAGAAGGUUCUGCAGACAGCGGCGAUCCCCAGCCUCCCCACAGGGCUGUUUGUGAGCGCCAAGGGUGAAGGCUGCUGCCUGAUGCAGAUUGAUGUCACCUAUCACGUGCCGGACCCCGUGGCCAAACCAGCCUUCCAGCUUCUUGUGAGCCUCCAGGAGCCAGAGGCUGAGCCGAGGCGGACGCCCGCUCCCGCCUCCUCCGCUGAUGACGACGACCCGGCGGCCGACCAGCAUCACCAGGAGUACCAGGUGACUCUGGAGGUGUGCACCAGGUGGCUGCAUGCAGGGUCCUCCAAUAUGGCUGUCCUGGAGGUGCCCCUACUCUCGGGCUUCCGGGUGGACAUCGAGAGCCUGGAGCAGCUGCUCUUUGACAAGCAUUUCACGCUGAAGAGGUACGAGGUGGCCGGACGCAGAGUCCUCUUCUACUUUGAUGAGAUCCCCAGCCGGUGCCUGACCUGCGUGCGGUUCCGGGCGCUGCGUGAGCAUGUGGUGGGCAGGACGUCCGCGCUGCCCGUCUCUGUGUACGACUACUACGAGCCUGCCUUCGAAGCCACGCGCUUCUACAACGUCAGUGCCCGAAGUCCCCUUGCCCAGGAGCUGUGCGCGGGGCCCGCGUGCAACGAGGUGGAGCGCGCCCCGGCUCAGGGCCCCGGUCGUCCCUGCCCCCAGGGACUUUUCCCCCACUCCAGGCCUGGUGGGAGGCGCCGGCCAGGUGGGGGUUGGGGUCCCGAAGACCCGGCCGACUUCGCUUCGCCUCCAGGCUGGUCCCCGGGCGCGCGGGGUCCUGCGGCCGCCCCGGAGGAGGGGGCGAAGAUUGCGCGCUGUGGCUGCGCCCGCUACUGUAGCGCCGGCGGGGACCCGGUGUGCGGCUCCGACGGAGUCGUCUACACCAGCGCCUGCCACCUGCAGGAGGCUGCCUGCCUAGGCCGCGCGAGAUUGGAGCCCGCGCCCCCUAGCCACUGUGCCCUCG